GCGGCGAACUCAUCGGAGACGUCAAUGGCCACACAGCCGGGCGGUUCGGUGACAUCGCGGGCCGCCUCGGAGACACGCUCAGGACCGCCAGGAUCGAGCAGCGGCGCUGGCGCAACAGGUAAUAGCAGUGGUGGAACUGCUGGUAGUACACACACCGGUGCAAAAUUCCGUCAUGGCCUAUUGCAGCUUAUGAUACACACAAUAGAUCCGCUACAUGAUGAUGAUGUUCCAGGCAAGGUGGACGAGAAGGCGACCCAACUGCAUGCGAUCGCCUCGCUCAAGGUAUUGCUCGAUGCAACGAAACCGCAGCGCGGUGGCGCCACCACAUCGGCUGCUAAUCAUGUUAAGAUCAACUUGAAGGAGACGACAUUGGCCGAUCGACCCAAUGGCAACAUUGACACGACACUGGACUCGCCAUCCAUCCAAAGCCAAAGUGGUCGUCGUCCGAGCUGGAUUGAUCAGAGGGUCAAAAUUCAGACACGCAAAUUUAGCAUCAAAGCCAAUGAAAUUGAAGAUGAACCGGAACCAUUGAGCAUGGCUUGGCCCGAUACUGCCCGCAAACGGCUCACCUACAUAUUGGUGGCGCCACUGCUAAUACCCAUGUGGCUGACGUUGCCCGAUACGCGAACACCGCGCGGCAAGAAAUUCUACCCAGUCACGUUCAUCGGCUCAAUACUAUGGAUCGCUGCCUUCUCGUAUCUGAUGGUGUGGUGGGCGAACGUUGCCGGCGAUACGGCACGCAUACCACCCGAGGUAAUGGGUUUGACCUUCCUUGCCGCUGGCACAUCAAUACCCGAUUUGAUAACAUCGGUGAUUGUGGCGCGUAAAGGAUUUGGUGAUAUGGCGGUUUCCAGUUCAGUGGGUAGCAAUAUUUUCGACGUCACUGUAGGUUUGCCUAUUCCCUGGCUGAUAUAUGGCAUCAUCUAUGAUGCACCUGUUGAGGUUAACUCUGUGGGCAUGGUCUGUUCCAUAACGAUACUCUUUAUGAUGUUACUCUUUGUCGUUUUGUCGAUUGCCUGCUUCCGUUGGAAAAUGAAUAGAGGACUCGGUUUUACAAUGUUUUUGUUGUAUUUCGUUUUUGUUGCUGUUUCGUUAAUGUUCGAAUAUGAUACACUCCAAUGUCCAGUGUAAAAUGUGACAAGAAAAUAAGAAGAAGAAGAAAAAAGCAAGAAAUAGAAAAACAAAAACAAAAACAAAACAUAAUAGCAAAAUAGUAAAUAAUAUGAAAUAAAAACUAAUUUAAAGAAUAAUUGCGACCAAAAUGUAGUGAAAAAUAGGUGAUUGAUUGAAAUAGUUUUAAGUAAAAUAAAUAAAAAAUUUAAAAAUUAUAUCAAUAAAAAGGAAAUAAGAAAUUAAAAAAUUGUUAAUAAAUGACAGGAAAAAUGUAAACUUGAGACAUUAGCGAAAAAACAAAAAAAAAAAAUAGUUAAAAACGAAGUAAAUUUUAAGUUAAAUGAUGAAAGCCAAGCGAAACAAACAGGCGGGCAAUUGAUGAGUGUUGCCAAUCAGCUUUCACAUAGCAAACCAACAAAUACUUAUAUACAAGUGCAUAAAAGUUGUAGACUAAGCGUUACUUCAAAACAAAUAUGAAUUAUAUAGCAAACAAUUGUAACUCUUAAAUACUUUCACAAGCUAUAACUAAUGAUAUAAAUAAUGUAAUUGUUAGACUUCGUCUUUUUCACGCGCUCCUCUAUUCUCUCAAAUAUCAAAUUGUAAAGAGUGUUUAUUCAAUUUUAUAGGCGUUUUUCUUUUUAAUUACUAUUAAAAUCAAAUAAUUAUAAUUUUAUUUUAAGAAUGCAAAAUUGCACACCAACAUACAUAUGUUACAUGCAUAUGUAUGUAUGUGUAAACAUAUAUAUAUAUAUAUAUAUAUGUAUUGGGCAAUAUUAUUGAGUAACAAAUCCACCUCACCAUUCUUAAUUUAUCGCAUAACAACUUAAUGUCACAUUCAUGACCAUACAAGCGUAUUUCUUUAUGUGCUUUAAAUUGUCAGUACACAGCUUACAUAUUUGCAUUUUACCGCUAGCCCAAUAAAAAUUGCUUUCAUCUAAUUAAUUUGAAUCGAAAAAGCUUUCACAGCUUCGAAAGCUGCAACAUGAAAAGGCUUGUGAUUUUUAUAAUAGCUUUGAAACAUUCAGAGCUGCAACUUCAAUAAAGUGCAGAACUUAAGCUUUCAGCUGUGCGCGCAAAUGCUUACUUACGUACACACACUUACAUACAAAAAGCGCUAAAAAGCUACUUAAUAACGGAAAAAUUUCAAGCCACAUUACCAAGAUUGCUGUGAUUGGUCAACUCUCAUACUAUAGCACACUUUCAAUGACGUAAUUUAAUAUAAUUACGCUGAUGUUGUGUUUCUUUCAGACUUUACAAUUUUAUUUAACAAAACAAAAUGCAAAAAAAAAACAAAAUUAAUAAUAUAAUUUUUCAAAUUGCAAUAGUCAAAAGCAUUUUAUUUGACCAGUAAACCUAUAGAAAAAUAUACCUAAACACACACAUAAAUAUUAAGUUGAUUUAUAUAAAUGCAUACAAAAAAGUAUUUUAACGAAACAUUUUCAAAAAGCUAAAAGCUGUACUAUUUAGAUUUAAUUGGAAAAGAAGCCAGAGUAAACUCCAAAAUUACUUUAUUAAAACUCUACUCAUUUGCUAAGCCAAAUCGGAUAAUAAAAGCUAACUAAACCAAAGAAAAUUAAUAUAAGAGAGCAUUAACGAUACGCACGACCGCCGAAGUGAAGGCAAGCUGCAAAUAAAAUUAAACCUUACUAAAAUACCGUUACUAUUAAGCCACUAGAAACAUAUAUUAUAAAGUUUAACCCUUUAUAUAAAGCUUAAAAACUAGUAAGUUGGCGUUACAUUUAUUAUAUACAUAGAUAUUAGCACUUAUUUACUAUUUCACUGCUCACAUUAUGCAUUCAGCGAACACAUACACUACUAUGUAUCAUACACACGCACACACACACGAUUGAUGGAAUACAGAAGGUUGCGCAUGUCGGUGCUAUGAGAUUUUCUCACCAUCAGCUGUUGAGUUUGCUACAGAGUAGUGUCUAUCGCGAUGGAGAGAGUGUCUUUAAUAUUCGCCUCUCUUCUCUUUUUCUACACUUCCAAUUACACUAACCUAACCUAACUUUAAUUGAAGUUUACAUGCGUUUGCUGUUUUGCUACUUUCCUCUCUUGUGGCGCUCGAAAAUAUCUUGAUGGCUGAAUUACUCUGAAAUUACUCUCUCCACUUCGAUCUGCGAAUACACGAUGUACUCUUUCAUUCUUGAAACCGUUGCACCAUCUCCACAUCCUCAUAUCAUCAGAGCUGCAUUGCUUAAUUUUUAUUUACGUCGAUGCUCGUUUUUCUGCAAACUAUGUAUUGAAUUCAUAUCAGCGAAUCAACGUAUUUCAUUCUGAGAACGCACACAUGUAUGUACAUUCAAACUUUAUCUUUUGGUUGUCGAAUCAAGAUAAUUUUCCUUAACAUCUAUUUUCUUUUAAAACUUAGUAUAGUUAAAAAAAACGUAGAACUCCGAAGACGUACAGUGUUAAUUUAGCGUAUGCGCAGUUCGUUACAAAAUGUGUUACGAAAUGUUGACGUUAGCAUUUGGUAACGUUCUAGAAUCAGACGAUGAGUAGCCAUUUUCAGUAGUGGCACUUCAAUUUAUAUAAGAGCCAUUAAUUGGCAAUUAUUGUAAUAGCAAAUGGCGUUGCGUCAUUAUAGUUUUGUUGUUUGUAAAUACCACGAUGACAGUCCUAUUUGUUAUAAAACUGGUAUUUUUGGAGGAAUAUUGAAAAUUUUCACUUCUCAUUACGAAAUCAAAAGGCCAAAUAGAAGUAAAAUGCUCCACUCUAAAUGCGUACAAUUUCCAAAAUUUCCCCAGCAAUAUGCAUUUGGCUUGCUGUGAUAUGUUGCUAGCAACACUGAUAGUCACAUAAGAAGAAACGUCAAAUUAAUGAGCAUCGCCCAAGAUGCAAUUGGCAAAUUUUGGUAAGAAAGGUAUUUCUGAAUAAUCAAAAAAUAUAAAAAAGAUUUACUUACACUCUUUGCGAAGACAUAUUCGAACUCAUGCACUUCACUUGCGCUUCACUCAGUUUUCGUUCAAUUUCAAACGACAUGUGCAUUUUAAAUAGGUGUGAGCAAAUGUUGCUGGCAUGUUGCGCGUUGUUUUCACGCCAUGAACUGAGUACAUUUUGCGGUGAGAUACAUACGAAAUUGCACGCAUAUUUCACGGCAAUGCAAUUCACAUGAAACGCGUACUUAGUGCUAUGCGUUACGCCGAAAACUUUGAUUCCUGUUACUAUUAUGUAACUCUGCUGUGAGUCUUCAAAUUUUUGACAAUUGGCGGCUUCAAAUUACAUAAUAGCAAAAGGCACAAUCAAAGGCACAGUCAAACCACUUCAUAAAAUUGGCUGUAUUUUAGAAAUGAAACCCAUGCUUGGGAAUUUUUCCUAUACAUUUCAUAAAAUUAUGUGGUGACUUGUAAUUCGAUGAAACGCAUCAAGUGAAUUUUGGAAUUUUUGUCAGCUACGGCCUUUUGCAUUUCCCUUAACGAUAUACAUUGCACAUGUAUAAAUUUUGCAUGGAGAAACAGCAACACCACAGAUUGCUGUAAUAAAAAAGUUACUAAAUCUGUGCGUUGAAAUUUCAUAACACAUUUUCUUCUGAACUGUGAACAGCCCAAUUGUUAACAAUUUAGCAAAUUAGAAAAUUUGUAAAAGAUAGAAGAAAUUUGUACAAAGUGAAAAAAAAUUAAUACAAACCCGUUGAAGUUUUGCAAAAGCGCAAGCAGAUAGUAUUUAAUCUACUUAAAAAUCUAUAAGCAUUUAUGACUUAACAAUGAGAAAACAGCCAUUAAUCUUACUUGCUAUAUCCGAUGUAAAGCAAAAAAUUUACCCUAUACGAAAAAGCAAGAAAAAUGAGAAAAAUGCAUCGGUAGUAAAAAUAAAAGAUGAUAAUUUAUAAAAAAAGCAAUAAUUUAUUAUAAAUGCAGCAAAACUAACUAAACUACACUAGAACUAAUAAAAGAAAGAUGUAAACUAAAAGCAUGUUUCAACUUAAAAACUAUCUGAAAAUUUGAUUCAUAUUCGAUGAACUUGAUAAAAAGAAUUACGCAAAGUAUUGUAUGAAAAUACAAAAAAAAAAAUUACUUGAAACAACAAAUACGUAUUACACUUUAUAAACUUAGACUAUUUUAAGUAAUGAAAACAUAGAAACUCAUUUUACCUUAAUAAGGAGUCCAAAUAAAAACUAACAACUAUUCAAUUCUAAUAAACAAAAUGUAAACGCGAAAAUCUAAUUCUUUUCACAUUUUCAUUUUGUUAAUUGACUUAUGGUACUAAAUUACUAUUAAAAUAUAUUAAAAAAUUACAAAAAAAAACAAAUAAAUUCGAAUUCAAAAAUGAAUAAUCUUCCAUACAUUUACCAAAGCAAACUUAGUAGAAGAAAUAUAAGCGAAAAACAUACCCAAAAUACUAAAACAAAAGCCCAUUUCAAAGUGUUAUAUACAUAAUAACAAAAAACAAAAAAAAAAAAAAAAAACACAAAAAACACAUAUUAAACAUAUCUCCUCACUCACUCAUGCGCUAUUUACACUACUAACCAAUUUAAGGGACCGUACGUACAGUAAAAACAACAUGCACGUGAAAUGAGAACCAAGCAAAGAAAAAAGAGAGCAGAAAAAUUUGAAUUUCAACGCAACUGUUGUAAUACACGUAACAAUAAAACAAGAUCGGGAAAAUGCUUUAAUUGAGACUAAAACGCAAAAUGGAAUCGUACUCGUAUAUCAUACCGUUACUGACCAAAUUGGACCGAAACCGUAAGGCCCCAUAGCCAUAGUUAGAAUAAAUUGACUUUAAAACUUGUAUCAUGUAUGAGAUAUCAAUCAAAAAAGUUACUAACUUUAGAGUCGGCUCUCUUCGGACUGCGACUGUUCGUUCAUGCGUAAAAUAGAGAAUAUAUGCUGCAUAGACUGCAUAGACUUGAAAAUGCUAGCAAAUGAGACGACGACGGUUUACACACAAAUACAAAGUGGCAUAUGUAUAGCGAAAAAGUUGUUAUGGUUAUAGAGUUUUAAAAAAGUUACAUUAAAAAUAAUAAUGAUAAACACACCAAAAAGCAUAACAUUUACUAGAUAAAGAGAAGGGGAGAAAUCAGAAGAAAGCAACAGAAUUGCAUAUAAAAAAUUGUUGAAAAUUAGUCACUUCAUAUUAUAUACUUAAUGAAAAAAAAAUGAAUAAAUUAAUUAAAAAAACAAAACAAAACUAUAAAUAAAAAGAAGAAUAUUAUUAUCAUUAUUAUUAUUAUUAUUAUUAUUACAAUUAUUAUUAUGAUUACUAUUAUACUUAUAUACAUACAUAUAACAAAAUCA